GCAAGUGACAAACGGAACAGACUCCUCCCACUUAUGACCGAAAGUUUCGAGGAAAAAACUCCCACGGCGUUUCGCCAUACAGAAUCUUCAGGUCGGUUAAAUUUUCUGCAACAAGAGUGCCUAGGCGUAUUCUCCCGCCAUCAGCCACGCGAGCAACAGGAAACUUGAACAAGAUGCAGUCCCUCAACCUUAUCUUCGUGUUGUUGGCACUCGCUGGCACAUCUUCAGCUUGCAAGUACUUCUGCAAAUCACCUGUUACUCAGGAAUACGAAUGCUGUGAUGAUGGCAAUCCCUAUUACAACCCUGAAGAGGAUCAAGGUGUAACAGCCGAAGUAGUGCCUGUAGACCUCCCAGCCGCAGAAUUACCCAGCGGCCAAUCCAGCAACUGCUAUUAUUACUGCGCCUAUGAUGGUGAAGUCUACUGCUGUGGUGACGUUUCCAGGCCCAUUCCCGAAAGCCAUGAUGAUCACGAUGGGAAAUGCGCCGACGAAGCAGAUCAAGUGUGCAAGUCAACUGGAAUCUUCUUCCUCUCAAAGGCUCAGGCCAAGACCAGCGGCGCCAUCCAGCUGUUCGCCGGAAGCGCAAAGGAGGAGCCCAGCUGCGCCUCCGAUGGCUACUGCGCCCAGGACCAGAAGUGCUGCCCCAGCAAGUGCGUCCGCAGGCACAUCUGCAUGAAGGCACUCGAGGAAGACGAGAAGGAGGACGAAUCCAAGAAGGCCUAAGGGAGAACCGGAGGAAGGAGGAAGGAGGACGAGAGAGGGCGCAGCAGGAGGCAGGGAGAGUGAGAGGGAGAAAGAGUAAGGGAGGAGAAACUGAAAGAGUGAAACAAAAGGGAAGGAGGGAGUGUGUUUAGAGGGUUUGUGUGACUCCCUAAGUAGUUGUUCCAAGAAUCAAACGUGCAAGAGGGAACCGAACUACUCCAUCAGCUGACGCGAUUUUACGAGAGUGUAUCUGAGCACAAACUCUGUCCCAGUUCAAAAGAGUUAACAAAUUCAAGUUUAUUUUUAUUCUUUCUAUAUUUUGAUGAAAUUAUAUAAAAAGAAAACGAAUAUUAUUUUCUCUAGUUUUGCUCUAGACAUUCUCUUUAUCUACCUUUCCUUACCAUGCUUUGUUAACCAAUGUUUAUUUAUUUGUUAUCUUGGUUAUUGUACUAACUUAUAUGUCGUCGUUGUCACUUUUAUCUAUGCUAUUUAUCAGUUAUCAUUCUCUAUAUUUUAUGCAUCCCACCAAACCACGCAACUAAUUUGCAUGUAGUUUGUACCAAUAAAUUUACAAUAAAGGUUAUUGACAUAAUCCAGAA